AUGGACAUGGAGAUAGAGGCAGCCUCGUCUACGUUUUCCUCGACGUCGACGUCACCGUCGAAGCGCCUUGGCAUCAAGCAUACCACACAGACUAAUUUCGGAGACGACUACGUGUUCCAGAUUGCCUCGAGGUACGGCGACGAGGUCUCGGUCCCUUCCCUGCUUUCUCUCUGAAGGAUAGAGUACGUUGGGGGAGUGGACUAAGAGAGAGAUUUAAUCUGGAGAGAAAUUGUGGAUUAGAUUUUUUGCGCAGAAGACGAAUGUAGUGGGCAUUUAAUUGUUCCUUACGAACUGUUGGGUUUUUGGGAUUGUGUCUCCGCCUUUUUAUUUCUUCUUCAUUUGCGUUUCUAUUUCUCUAUUUUUAUCCUAUAAAAUUUCAUUUCGAUUGAUUAAAUUUAGAAUUUACUAUUGGUUUUUCAAUCAAUCUAUAAUCCCUUGUCUAUGUUGGAUGUAAGCCAGGAGAUUUCGUCCUUGGCAGUAUCUCUUUCUUCAAAUGCAAUCAAGCUUUACUCUCCAGCAACAGGACAGUAUUUCGGAGAGUGCAGAGGACACAGUGGAACCAUUAAUGAGGUUUCAUUCUCGAUCCCUUCCUCAGCACAUACACUAUGUUCUUGCUCUUCUGAUGGCACGAUAAGGGCUUGGGAUACCAGGUCUUUUAAGCAGGUACUAUUGUGUUCGCCUAUUUCUUCAGCUUUCCUUCGUUGACUAAGCAUUCCUAAUUGCUUGUUGUCUUCAAAAUGAAAACAUUAUUUUAAGCACUGGAGUUGCUUUGCAUGUGUAUUGUCUUCCUUUUAUUUAAAAGAGUUGCUGGGGCAAAUAGUUUUGCAAAAAGUUAGCCAAUGAUUAUCUAUGUGCUUUGGAAAAAAAAGUGUGUUUAAGCUAACUAAUUUUCAGAUAUGCUUACUGAGCCAGGUCGCAUCAAUAAAUAUUAUUUUUGACUAAGAAUUGAACUGGUAAGUUAUGUUGGCUGAAAAUCUUAGCAGUAUUGUCGGCCAUUGCUUUCAGUUAUCAACUAGAAGGCAGUGAAUACUUCAUAAACGAAUCACAUGAAAAAAAAAUGAAGCUGAUUGAGACGAGGGGCUAUCACGGGAUUAUAUGAUAGAUCUAUAAUGGUUUGGUUCACUUCAGAUCUACUCCACUCUACAAGCCGCCAAUGAUACUUGUAUAGGCUAUGCAACCUGUAGGUUUGCUUGCCUAAGGUGUUUUUACCAAACCUUCAUAACAUCAGGUAAGUCUUGUUAACAGCAGGCCUUGCUAGCCAUUGUAACACAAGGACCGAGAAAAAAAACAAUCGAUGGUUUGCAAAACUUUCUAGAAAGUUCGGAGGAAUGAUUUAAUCGCAUUGUAAGCUUUAUUGGCUUUGAGCAGCGAUUGAACAUGCCGAAAAUGGUUGAUCUUCUGCAUUCUCAGAUUUAUGUUGUAAAUGUAAUAUAUCAAUACAUGUUGGUGGAUUGGCAACACAUUUGUUCAUGUUUCUAUGAGAUCUUCUGUACCCCUUUUGCUAACUUUUUGAAAUUCUCGACCCCAUGGUCUAUACAGUUUUUGGAUUGAAUCUCUUCACAUAAAGUUCAUUUUUUCCGCUCUUGGGCCAAUAAUUUUCGGUUGCAAGAUUUCAUCUUAUUUACUGCAUUUUAACUUUCUAAAACUUGAACUUCUUGGCCUAAAAAAUGAUGCAUAAAAUCAAUAUGAAAUAAUAUAAAAUUGUGAAGUGUGGUAUUGUUAUUGGUAAAAUCAAUUUGUUAGACUUAAUAAAUACCACUAAUUCUGUGAGGCUUAUGCAAGGACCAUAAGCUGUCAUUUUUAUUGCAUUCUCUUCCUGUCUCUGUCUAAUUAAGUUGGAUGUAUUAGAUCUCCUUACUGAGGGCUGGCUCCAACAAAGAAGUAUACAGUUUUGCUGUUGGUGGAUCAACCGGUAACCUUCUUGCAGCUGGUUGUAAUGAACAGGUAUAAAUUGUUAAGAUAGUCUUUGUCUUUUCUUGUUGUAAGUUGCACAAGGCUUGCAAAGUUUUUUAUUGUUUACAUCCUGAUAACUUUGUGUCUAUCUGCUAAAAUCUCACGACCAUUUUAUCUCCUUUACAACAUCAUCAGCACCGUUACUUUAUCUCUAAAAAAAUAUUUAUUCUUAUGCUUAGAUUCUGUUGUCAAUGACUGUGGUUGAUUUUCAUAAGUUUAUUACUUUCGUCACUCUGUACUAAUGUACAACUUUAGUCUUUUGGCUAUGCCAUUGAGUUCAAUAUCCGUGAACCUGUUAUAAAUCUCUUGGACUCUAUGUGGCUAUUGAUUGCGGUUUUGUUCUUGUUUACUUGAUGUAGAUUCAAUUUUGGGACUGGAGAAGUGGAAAGCUGCUAUCUUGUCUGGAGGAAUCCCAUGUGGAUGAUGUCACACAGGUCCGUUUUUCAUACUUUGCUGUUAUAUUAUUUUUCGACUUUAGUGUCGAGUUGCAAGCUUUAUCGAAAAUAUUGCUGCUAAAGAUACUUCAGGAUACAAUUCACAGAAUGUGGUUGCUGACCUCUGUGUUUCAAGUGAAAAAAACAAAACAUCGAAUAUAAUGACUAACUGACUAAUUAAUCAUGCAUCAGAUUGCUGACUAGCAAAAGGAAAAAAAGUAGAACACAAGUGAUAGAUAUUAUUUGUCUUGAAGUACAGGAACAAAUCUACCGUGCAUGGAAUCAUCAGGGGAACCUUGUUGUGCUUAUAUUCACCGCUGGACUUACAUUCGUGACACUUUCCAGAUUGUUUUUCAGGAAGUGGGAUACUUCUUCAGAUUCAUCCAUUUCAAUUUUUGUCUCUAUGCUUUUCAUGGAUUUUCUGCACAUGUUAGACUCACCCAUCGUUACUUAUACUUUACAUUUUUAGUGUAAUAAAUUCACGGCAUGAUUCGUCUUCACUUGUAACUCUAUUGCCUUGAAGGAUUUUUUUGUAUUUAUGUUCCUGUCCUUCAUCUACGAUGCAAACAAGAUAUAUGCUGACGGUCUCAUACUGCAAAUUCUUGUUAUUGAUCUCGUGUAAUAUGAUGCUGUUUGUGUCAUUACUCGUUUGAAGGUGAUUUUCAACAGAAAUGUUGAAUGAGCACACAAUUUGCAUUUUCGUUGCGGAUUUAUAACAUGCUUCAAUGCCUCUACUGGGUUUGAACUAUUCCUUAUAUCUCCUGAUUUUAGGUACGCUUUGUCCCAGAUCAAUCAAAUAAGCUUAUCUCAUCAUCUGUUGAUGGACUGCUGUGCCUGUUUGACACUGAGGGACAUAUUGAUGAUGAUGACCACUUAGAAUCGGUAUGAAGUCCAAAAGAGUUUUUUUCUUAAAAUUCUUUGCUUCCAUUUACUUGAUGGUGAUAUAGAACUGUGCAUAAGUCAGAGGUUCGUAAUAUAAACUGUUGCCGUUCUGGAAAGUUUGCAUUUACCCUUUGCUACUUAUUUCACAUGCCCGCGAUGCAUUGGAAUUAUAACCGUGUUUAUGUGCGGAUGUACUUUGAACACGGGCGCACAAAACUUUCUUUUUCAGUCGAAGAUGCGGUGAGGGCUAUUUUAUAUUUAUGUUAAAUUAACUUACUCUCUGAAAAAAUUAAUAAACUUACAAUCUUUAAAAAAUGUUUUUCCCAAUGGAUAAGCUUGCUUUUUUUAUUAGUCUACAACAUAAACGUACCCCACCCUUGUAGCUUCUGAAGUUCUUCAGGAUUGUGAAAAUCUUCUUAAUUAUUAAUGAAUCUAACUAAUGAGGUCAUAUGAGAGCACGACAACUGAUGAGCAAAGAAAAUUCCAGAAGCUUGCAAAUUGAGCCUGUUGCAAACAAAUUCUGGAUUCUGGCUCAAACCUAGUCACCGGACUUCAUGAAUAUAUUUUCUACAAUCGACUGUACUCUUUUUUUCGCUUUUGUUUUCCGAUGAAAGCAUAUUUGGUUGAUCAUUUGUCUUGGUCUUUAAAUGAAAAAUUCUUCUAUACUGGUUCUGUCAAGCUUUUAUCUUUCAUUGCCAUUCAUAUUUUUUCGCUUCAAGGUUCUUGAAAACCAACUCUACGUCUAUUGUUUCUACUAAUUUGCUCUUUGUUCCCAGAAAAUUUUGGGCCAUCUAAUCUUAACUUGUAUUGACAUUAUUUUGCAGGUUAUGAAUGUGGGAACUUCAAUAAGCAAAAUUGGGUUCUUCUGUCAAAAUCAGAAGCUUUGGUGUCUAACACAUAUCGAAACAUUAAGGUAUGAACUGAUGCUCCUGUCCUGUAUUCCUGCAUAGUACCGUUGGAAAACCCACUUAUUUUAUGGUUCUUAAAAAAACUUUUCCUACAAAUUCAAUUCUGUGUUUAUCUUUUCUUCCAUAUUUUUGUUAAUAAAUUUGAAUGUAGUUAUCCAUUUCUCUUAGUUGAUUCUUUUUUCUGGGGGUUGGGGGGAGGGUAGGGUGGCAUUUUUGGUGUGGCUGUGUACACUUAUUGGUGAAAGAGAAAUGUGUUUCAUAGCUGUUGAUUGGUGAUUUUUGACGUCAUCCAUACGUCAGAGGAAGUUACAAGUAACUAUACAACUUAUUUAUGGUUUAAAAAUAUAUUUCAUGGUGUCAAGGCAUAUAAAUUUCUGCAAAAAUCGUUUGAAAAAAAUUCGAAAUCAUAGAGCUGAUGAUGAUCAUUAGGAAGAAAAUUUCCUUUAUCUAUGAUCUAAGUUUCCCAUAUUUUCACCUUUUUUGGGAAAUUAAUUUUAAUAACUAUUAAUUUCAAAUUCUGUACAACGACUCGUGCAUUAAGCUAAUAAACAGGAUUUUUAUCUUUUUUUUUUUUGGAAGAAGGGGGGGGGUGAGGGGGGAUUGUGGUUGACUUCUUGUGAAACGGGAUAGAGCCAUUUUGGCACUAGGUUUGGCUUUGGACCAACUUGGGAGUUACCAGAAAUGGUCAAUCCUAGCAUUCACAGUAUAUUACUCUCUGAAGAGUGAUAACAGGACUGUUCUUUUCCCUGGAAUAAGUACUGACUCUCGCUGUGGAUUAUAGCAUUCAUUUAUAUUAUAUGGCUGGCAAGCCUCACUGUGAAAGUGAAGAGAACUUUGUACUCAUCUAUCUUCUUUUUGUAUCCUUAAUACCACGAGUAUCUACGUGCAUGCACACAUGUUUGGAAGGAGUUUCAUGUGAACAUGAAGACUGAACACCUCCUCCCUGAUUUUAUACAUGUUUUCUUUUUUCCUUUAUUUUAUGUUUUUGAGGAUUCAAUGAGCAUUCUCCUUUCUAAUUCUGUAUUUAUUGAAAGUUUUUUUCUUCUUCUCAUUGACGUGUUCUUUAUUGGCACCCAUUUAUGUAAAAUUGACUGCAUAAAAUUUUAAUGAUCUACAGUACUUGGGAUUGGAAGGAUGCGAGACAAGAGGUUGGUCUCGAGAAUGCUCGUACGCUAGCAUCAGAGGGCUGGAAUUUAGAUAAUGUACAGCUUUCUAUCAGCAGAAGCAUGAUCUUUUAUCUUCAAUAGAUACAUUUACUUACCAUUUUGCAUGUUCUUUCAAAAAUGGCUUCAAUUGGACUAUUUGUCGAACAAACAACAGCCACAUAGAUUAUCUUCCAGGAACUGAUUAUCCGCCGUUAAAUUGGAAGCCCCCACCACCAAUCCCCCAUCUCCUGCCUCUCUCUGGUAUUGCUCUUUUUCUUCUUUUUUUCCCUUCUCUCUUUUUCCUGAUCAACUUCAUGAUCUGUUGUAUCAACAACCGUCAUAUCAGAUAUCCCCGAUUGGAUUUCAGGUGGUGAUUCUAUCCAUUUGGAUUUGGUGGAUCUCGUUCUCGUUGAAUGGGCUCUUGCAGACAGCUCAAGGCCCAAACUUUCUGCAGCCAGAGGAAGAAAAAAUUGACCUCUGCCUCCACCCUUUUCUGUCCCCUUCUUAAAAAGCCCCGAUCAAACGUAGUGCGUCGCAGCCCAACUCCUGUAUUCUUUUCUCAUUGGCUUCAUUCUACUUCAUUGUGGAAUCCCAUCGCCGCCUAAUUUUUUUUUCUUGAGAAAACAAACGUCAACCAAUGUUGCCCAGAUUGACCAUAUCUCAUAUCAUAUCAUCUUGUGCUCUGGCAGAUCGACUACUUUGUGGAUUGCUUCUCGGGAGCCAACGAUGGUCUGUGGAUGAUUGGGGCGACCAAUGCGGGGACCUUGGGCUACUUCCCGGUAGGUCUUGAAGGAUCAGGGGCGAUUGGCCCCGCAGAAGCAAUUCUCGAAGGAGGGCAUUCGGGGGUUGUGAGGACGAUUCUUCCCGCAUCGAGCGCCCACGGCAGCAUCUCCCGCAGCAAGGGCAUCUUCGGCUGGAGCGGCGGCGAAGAUGGCCGCCUCUGUUGCUGGCUCUCGGACGGGACUUCAGAGGCCAAACGCUCGUGGAUCUCGAAUGCGUUGGUGGCGAGGCCCCAGAAGGCUCAGAAGAACAACCGGCAUCACCCCUACUGA